AAAAGAAAAAAUAAUUUCUUUUUGUAAUGAAACGCGUAAGGACAGCAACACAAACUUCCACGAUUUUACCCAUCAUUUCUGCUCUGAUCAGUGAUCAUAUCUCUCCCUCUCACGAUCUUCCUGCUUCUCCCAAGGGAUUUACCUUUAGGAAAAGGAACUUAUGAUGUUGAGUUGACAAGUGCAGAGAAGUUUGAUGUUGGGAAUGUUUAAAGCUUUUGAAGCAAGUUUUAGAGAGCGCUGCUUCCUUUGAUCCACUACCAUUUGCUACUGAGAAAGUUACAGUUUGGUAGUGGUUAAAUCAAAUGAUACUUCUGCAGUCCCAAUCAAAAUAUCUUCUUCAGCUCCUCACCAAUCGCCUUCAAAAUCUUGACAAAGGCGUUGAACUGGACUGCCAAUGGAUUGAGUUUGAUGAUGUACGAUUCAAUGUCCAGACUUCUGUGAAGAACCCUCAUCUCUUGCUGUUGUCAGUAUCAUUGCCAACACCACCUCCUGGAGCAAUGUUUGUUGGAGGACUGCCUUAUGGGGCCAUUGAAGCUGUAAAAGCGGCAUAUGGAACCGUGGUUCAAAUUCUUGAUCCUCCUAAAGAUGGUUUUAAUCUCACACUGAAGCUGAACUUCUCAAAGCUCUCACCAGAUGAAGACACCAGACAGGCUCUGCUGAUGAAGGUUGCUUCUGUAAGAGAAGUGGUGCUUGGUGCACCUUUAAGGGUAAUCCUAAAACAUCUAGCAUCAAGGGGGCUUGCACCGGGUAUGGAUCAAAUAGUUGCUCUAGUGCAUCGGCCUAACGAAUCAUUCUUUGUUUUUCCUCAGACUGAUAAAGUGACUGUUAUAUAUCCUAUGAGAUUCAAGGAUUCCACAGAUAUAGUUCUUGCAACUUCUUUUCUACAGGAAUUUGUCGAGGCGCGGCGCAGUGCUGGUCCUGGGCUUAAUAAUGCUCCAUCUUGUCAAUGGUCACCUUCACCACCAGAAGAGCUUGAGGGAGUCCCUGAAGAAGCAUUAUCUGCAAAUGCUGGAUUUGUUUCCCUUGUUAUUUUUCCGCGCCAUGUUGACGGCAGAAAGAUUGAUAGAACUGUUUGGAAUUUGUUGACUUUUCAUGCAUAUGUGAGUUACCAUGUCAAGUGCUCUGAAGGGUUUAUGCAUACUCGGAUGAGGCGUCGUGUGGAAUCUUUGAUUGAGGCACUAGAUCGCGCUAAGUCAGACCCUGAUAAGACAAAGAAAGUCGGGACUAAAACGUCCUUCAAGCGACUGAGCCUGAAGGAAUCUCGGAGCAAUUCAAAUUCAAGGGCUUCCGCCAGCUGGAGAUAACGAGUUUUAUGAUUAAAUUUGGAGGUAAUCUUGGGUUCAUUGAACUAUAGACAUUUGCAAUGGAUUACUUUGGCUCUGGGUCGUCUCGGUUGCCAGCUCCUUUUUUUGAUAGUAGUACCCGGCUCGGCAAAUGCAUCAUUUUUUUCUAGUCUUGGUAAUUAGGUUGAUUCUUGCCAUUGAAAGCUUAUAAGAUAUCGAUACUUGAAGCCUGUGUCGAAACUAACUUAGAUAUUUAUGAUAAGUUUUUUUUUUUUUUUUUUGUU